AUGUCAAGGGAAUUAUCGGUACUUAAUCGUAAUCACCAGAAUAUAUGGGAAUGGCUUACCUGGGUCUUUAGCCAAGGAACGACUGAACAGAUUCGUUAUUUUUGCUGCGGCCUUUGGCUAGUUUGGUUCAAUAGAAAUCGGUUAAUAUAUGAUAAAAUAAAUGUAUCAAGGAGGGCCAUUGCGAAACAAACUUACAGUUAUAUUUCUGAGUUGAACGAGAUUAAAGAAAAGAGACUUAUCGUUCAGUCUAAUGGAAGCGCUGUACAGGAAAGAAGAAGAUCAGGAGUCACAAUUUACUUUGACGCGGCCAUUGACCAACAAGCCUUCAGAUCGGCAUCAGGACUGUUUGUACGAGACGAGGAAGGACAAAUUCUUGCAUCAAAAACGACCAUCCACUCCGAAAUCGCAAAUCCAUUUAUAGCAGAAGUGCAUGCAGGGUUACAAGCAGUCAAGUUAGGGUUAUUAAUGGGUCUAAACAAACUGGAAAUUGUGGGAGAUUCAAAGACAGUAAUUAAAAAAUGCCAGAACAUAGAGAUAGACAAAUUGAACAUCGGUGCAAUCAUCAGAGAUAUUCAGCAUAAGAAAGGCAGAUUUCAAGAGAUAAAGUUCCAUUUCAUACCCAACAAAGAAAAUUUUUAUGCUCAUGCUCUGGCAAAAGAAGCGUUGAAGAGAGAAGUUAACCAUUACCUGGUAGGAGGGCUUCCAGAUUUUGAUCGUCAAGCAUCGGAGGAGAGGAGCCCAAGAGAACCGGAUUGAAAGAAAAUAAAGGUGAAGGACCGUUUGGAAAGGUAGUAGGAAAUAAAUUGCUUCCCUUAGAAAUUGCUACCGUCAUAAUGCUAGAGAGGAUGUGAAACGACAACAUACUGAAGACCCAACUGGUGAUUUGACUGGAUAAGAUACUAUUAGGUUUCCUGUUUUGAUUUUAUAUUUAAGAUUCAUGGACUAGUUUUUUAUUAGGUCGGCUUUGCUAUCUGUGCAGGCUUGGAAUUUUAGUAGGGCUUCUAUUAUGGACUUAGCCCAGUUCUGUUUGAUAGUUUAUUUAUUAAUAAAACUC